GGAGAAAUUUUAUUUAGACAUAUGGAAGAAAUUCCAAAUGAUUGGUUGUCCAGUUGUGGCACUUUCUAGCUUUAGAAGCAGUGAUUACCUCACACCUGGACAUAACCAAGUAGUCAUCCUUCAUCAAGCAGAAGGCCUUGUUAUUGAGCCACGCUGCCAGAAAUUUAGGUGAUAUCAAAUGAUGUCUAUACUGAAAUCGAUACCCUCAGAAUUCUCUUAGACCCAGAUUCCAUAGAGUUCUGCUAAAAAGUCGUGUUUAUGUAACAGUAUUUAUUCUCAGAACAGGGUUGGACGGCUUAGGAGCAGAAACGCAGAAUGUAUCUUUGCGGAUUUGGGUCACAGUGGGCUGUCAGGACUUAAAUUGUGCAACAUUGAUUAAUAAUGGGCUGGUAUGUACAUUCCUUGCAAGUCAUCUUUAAAAGCAAAUGACGUCAUUUCAAAUUAGGGUUCUCAGAGAUAAUUUCUCUCUGUAUUACACUGAAAAUAAUUUUGGAACUAUCCUUAAUGCCACCUAAAGCCUGAAAUUGACCAGUAACUUGAUAGAAUAUAAAGUGAACACCUCAACUAUAUUAAAUUGUCCCAUUUGGGUGGAUACUCCUCGGGCACCCUGUUCCGCCCUACACACAGAUAAUCUGGGGGCGCUCGCGCACAGCUGUCAUCGUAGCAGCAGAGGCCACUGUCAAUACAGGUCGCCUGACUGAUCGUCUGACCAAACCGGGCUAACCCGAGGGCGGUAAAUAAGCUCUGGCCAUGAAGCAAUGACUCCGCAGGACUGCGCAGGGCAGUCACGGGCGUUUACUCCAUUUUCUGUUCGUUGUGCUGAGGCCCUUUCCGCCAUUAACUUACCCCAACUCCCCCGCAUAGGGCAAUACGACCCCUCCAAAUAUCAAACGCUAAGCAUAUUAAAAUAACAAAAUACCUCGCCGCUAUUUUAUCACCAGACCCUCCUCCCAGCGGGGAACGCAGAGUAGACACGCAAGGGAGGGCAAGGCGAUUGUGACAGCGCGGAGGGGUGAACACGGCCCAGCCGCGCAUAAGGUAAGGUGGGGAGACUACCUGGACAGCGAGCGCGCAGGCGCAUCCGCGGCCGCAGGGCCCACUGGUCCCUUUCUAGUAAUUUCGCUAACCGUGACGUCAUCUCGGUGCGCCGUUACAGCGCUUAACUGGAAGGUGCGAUUUAGUUUUUGGUGAAAGGAGUGGGAAAAAAACCAUGAACUGACCUACCCCGCCCCAUUUUGCUUUUAGUCCUUCACACUGGCUUCGCCUGCACUUUGGGCAAUGGAGCGGGAAAAGAAAAAGCACGUAGGCUGAGCUCAAAGCGGCGCCAGCAGGGGAUGACUCGGCGACGCCGCUAAGCGCGUUACCCGGCGUGCUCCGCGCGGCGCCGGCGAAGGGACGUGGGGGAAGGGGCAGGGAGGAGGAAGCGGUGGCUGCUGCGGAUGUCGGUGUGAGUGAGCGGCGCCUGAACACACGGCGGCUGCCGAGCGCCUGACCCGGGCCUGCGCCAGAGCCUGCACCGAGCUCCGGGGCCCCACACCCGCUAGGGUGGCCCUGCGCCCGUUGCUACUGAGGCGGCGUGCUCUGCAUUCUUCGCUGUCCAGGCCUGCCGGCUCUGGUGUCUGCUGGCUCCUCCUUGCUCGCCUGCUCCCUCCUGCUUGCCUGAGUCACCGCCGCCGCCACAGCCAUGGCCGAGAGUGGUGAAAGCGGCGGCCCUCCGGGCUCCCAGGAUAGCGCCGCCGGAGCCGAAGGUGCUGGCGCCCCCGCGGCCGCUGCCUCCGCGGAGCCCAAAAUCAUGAAAGUCACCGUGAAGACCCCGAAGGAAAAGGAGGAAUUCGCUGUGCCCGAGAAUAGCUCCGUCCAGCAGUUUAAGGAAGAAAUCUCUAAACGUUUUAAAUCACAUACUGACCAACUUGUGUUGAUAUUUGCUGGAAAAAUUUUGAAAGAUCAAGAUACCUUGAGUCAGCAUGGAAUUCAUGAUGGACUUACUGUUCACCUUGUCAUUAAAACACAAAACAGGCCUCAGGACCAUUCAGCUCAGCAAACAAAUACAGCUGGAAGCAAUGUUACUACAUCAUCAACUCCUAAUAGUAACUCCACAUCUGGUUCUGCUACUAGCAACCCUUUUGGUUUAGGUGGCCUUGGGGGACUUGCAGGUCUGAGUAGCUUGGGUUUGAAUACUACCAACUUCUCUGAACUACAGAGUCAGAUGCAGCGACAACUUUUGUCUAACCCUGAAAUGAUGGUCCAGAUCAUGGAAAAUCCCUUUGUUCAGAGCAUGCUCUCAAAUCCUGACCUGAUGAGACAAUUAAUUAUGGCCAAUCCACAAAUGCAGCAGUUGAUACAGAGAAAUCCAGAAAUUAGUCAUAUGUUGAAUAAUCCAGAUAUAAUGAGACAAACGUUGGAACUUGCCAGGAAUCCAGCAAUGAUGCAGGAGAUGAUGAGGAACCAGGACCGAGCCUUGAGCAACCUAGAAAGCAUCCCAGGGGGAUAUAAUGCUUUAAGGCGCAUGUACACAGAUAUUCAGGAACCAAUGCUGAGUGCUGCACAAGAGCAGUUUGGUGGUAAUCCAUUUGCUUCCUUGGUGAGCAAUACAUCCUCUGGUGAAGGUAGUCAACCUUCCCGUACAGAAAAUAGAGAUCCACUACCCAAUCCAUGGGCUCCACAGACUUCCCAGAGUUCAUCAGCUUCCAGCGGCACUGCCAGCACUGUGGGUGGCACUACUGGUAGUACUGCCAGUGGCACUUCUGGGCAGAGUACUACUGCGCCAAAUUUGGUGCCUGGAGUAGGAGCUAGUAUGUUCAACACACCAGGAAUGCAGAGCUUGUUGCAACAAAUAACUGAAAACCCACAACUUAUGCAAAACAUGUUGUCUGCCCCCUACAUGAGAAGCAUGAUGCAGUCACUAAGCCAGAAUCCUGACCUUGCUGCACAGAUGAUGCUGAAUAAUCCCCUAUUUGCUGGAAAUCCUCAGCUUCAAGAACAAAUGAGACAACAGCUCCCAACUUUCCUCCAACAAAUGCAGAAUCCUGAUACACUAUCAGCAAUGUCAAACCCUAGAGCAAUGCAGGCCUUGUUACAGAUUCAGCAGGGUUUACAGACAUUAGCAACGGAAGCCCCGGGCCUCAUCCCAGGGUUUACUCCUGGCUUGGGGGCAUUAGGAAGCACUGGAGGCUCUUCGGGAACUAAUGGAUCUAACGCCACACCUAGUGAAAACACAAGUCCCACAGCAGGAACCACUGAACCUGGACAUCAGCAGUUUAUUCAGCAGAUGUUGCAGGCUCUUGCUGGAGUAAAUCCUCAGCUACAGAAUCCAGAAGUCAGAUUUCAGCAACAACUGGAACAACUCAGUGCAAUGGGAUUUUUGAACCGUGAAGCAAACUUGCAAGCUCUAAUAGCAACAGGAGGUGAUAUCAAUGCAGCUAUUGAAAGGUUACUGGGCUCCCAGCCAUCAUAGCAGCAUUUCUGUAUCUUGAAAAAAUGUAAUUUAUUUUUGAUAACGGCUCUUAAACUUUAAAAUACCUGCUUUAUUUCAUUUUGACUCUUGGAAUUCUGUGCUGUUAAAAACAAGCCCAAUAUGAUGCAUUUUAAGGUGGAGUACAGUAAGAUGUGUGGGUUUUUCUGUAUUUUUCUUUUCUGGAACAGUGGGAAUCAGUGCUUUUCAUUUAAGGCUACUGCAUGCAUCACUUCUGCAUUUAUUGUAAUUUUUUAAAAACAUCACCUUUUAUAGUUGGGUGACCAGAUUUUGUCCUGCAUCUGUCCAAUUUAUUUGCUUUUUAAACAUUAGCCUAUGGUAGUAAUUUAUGUAGAAUAAAAGCAUUAAAAAGAAGCAAAUCAUUUGCACUCUAUAAUUUGUGGUACAGUAUUGCUUAUUGUGACUUUGGCAUGCAUUUUUGCAAACAAAAUGCUGUAAGAUUUAUACUACUGAUAAUUUUGUUUUAUUUGUAUACAAUAUAGAGUAUGCACAUUUGGGACUGCAUUUCUGGAAGCAUACUGCAAUAGGCUAUCUGAGCAAAACACCUGUAACUAAAAAAGUGAAGAUAAGAAAAUACUCUUAAAGCUGAGUAUUUCCUAAUUGUAUAGAAUCUUACAGCAUCUUUGACAACAUCUCCCAGCAAAAGUGCCGGUUAGUCAGGUUUGUUGAAAAUAUAGUAGAAAAGCUGAUUCUGGUUAUCUCUUUAAGGACAACUAAUUGUACAGACACAUAAUGUAACAUUGUCUCAACAUUCAUUCACAGAUUGACUGUAAAUUACCUUAAUCUUUGUGCAGACUGAAGGAACACUGUAGUAUACCCCAAAGUGCAUUUGCCUAGGACUUCUCAGCUUCUCCCAUAGGUAGUUUAACAGGCAUUAAAAUUUGUAAUUGAAAUGUUGCUUUCACUGAAAAAGUGUCUUGAUGUUUCAGUUAUUUUUAAUCGCCAUAAAAAAAUAAAACUAUCUUUUGGGUUUAUCUGUUUUCUCAUGCACAGGCAAUACACAAAUUUAAAAUGAGUUGUGAGCCAAUUGUUUCUGAAGUGUUUUGGUAGUUCUAUUAAGAAAUAGUUAAAUAUUGUGCUUUUCAGAGCCUCAGAGAAAGGGGGACGGGGUGGGGGUGGGGGGGGGCAGCGGAAUCUGUCCUGGAUGGGGCCAGCUUAAAUAAUACUGGCAACCAAGAAUCUGUUAGGAUUUCUGUGCAUAUAGUGUAGUAAAGAAGUAUCAUUCAGGGGUGAAAAACAAAGAGCCGUUUUAAUGAUGUUGAGUACAUUUGGCUGUUUUAUAGCCUUUUUCUUCCCUCCCCAAAGAAUUCUGUUUGCCUAACUCCCAAACUGUUGGGGUGGUACAUUCCUUUAGGACCAAUUAAAACAUAAUUGAGGGUCAGUGAUACAUUUGCCUGACUCUGGUUCAGUAUUCUCUUAGGUGAUUAUAUUCUCUCAUGUACAGUUACAGGAAAUUAAAAUGUUAAAGUAACCUAAAAUGAAUUCAGACCAAUAAAAUCAAGGGAAAUACAAGUUGAUUGCAUUACUUCUGUACGUUGCUUGCUAUUAAAAAGGUUAAGAGGCCAGGUUAGCCACCAGUCCAUGCACUGUUCUGACACUUUCCCCAGGAGGAAAACAAGUACAAAGGUUACGGUGGAGGCAUGAGUAGAGGAGAUUGCUAAGAAGGGUAUUCAUGUGUCUUUGCUCUUUCUGCUUUAUGCCUCAGUUUGGUUUAAAAACUUCUGUACUGGCAAAUGGUGGUAUUCAGUGUGGGAUAGUGUCAUAACUAAUUUGACAAUUAAUCACAAAAUAACAAUAAAUCUCUAGCUUUUACACUUGA